AGGGAGAAAGGAGGAAGGAAGUAGAGGGAAAGAAAGAAUAAGAAUGAGGGAGAGGAAGAAAGAUGGGAAGGACGGAAGGAAGAAAGGAAGAAAGUAAGGAAGAAAGGAAGAAAGAAAGAAAAGAGGGAGCAGGAGGGAGAGAGGAAGGAAAGAGGUGAGAGAAAGAAGAGUAGGAAAGAAGGAAUAAAGAAGGAAAGAAAAAGAAAGAGGGAGAGAAGACAGAGAUAAAGAAGGAAGGAAGGAGAAGGAAAGAAAGAAUAAGAACGAGAGAGAGGAAGGAAGAAAGGGAAGGGGGGGUCGCCGCCUUGAUUCAGCGCCAGAAAAGAGCGCGAAGGGACCCAGGGGCAAAAACCAUUUCCCGUGCAGCGUGAGGCAGCAGGUGUCCGUUUUAGGAGAAGUGCGUAAAGCCUCAGAGUUGCACGUUUGUGAGGCUGAGCCGCUGCUGAGCUCACGUUCAUGAGGCUGAGCCGCGGCAGGAGGAGGAGGAGGUGAGGCAAGAGGAGGAGGAGGAGGCUUGCCGGGUCAGUGCCCGGCAGCGCCGUGCGGAGAGUCCCGAGCCUCUGGGACGCAGCAGUGCUCUGUAGCACUUUGAAUCCUCCUCCUCCUCCACGCGGUGCUGCUGGGUGCUUUGUCUGUGCUGCUGCAGCAGCAGCAGCAGCCUUUUCCUGGUUCCGAGCCGUGGCAGGAGGAGGAGGAUUCAAAGCUGCCUCCUCCUUCUCCUGCUCCGGCCGCCUUUCUACCCCCCCCCCCGCCCCAGCUGUUUGUCGGCGCUUUGUCGGCGCGGCGCUUCAGCAGCAAGGUCCCGCUGCUGGGUCCCACUGGCUGGGGCGCUUGGCGGGCCACAUGACGAGGUCUGGCGGGCCGGAUUUGGCCCCCGGGCCUUGUGUUUGACACCCGUGUUCUAUUUAGUCAUUCUGCAGUCUGGGGGAAAGCCAAUCAGUCCGAGAUCCCUCAACACUUACCUCUUCUCCUGCAUUAGUAUGCGUACUUCCAGUUAUUAGCUUUGACCACUGGUCUGGAGACAUGGAGUUCAGUCUUAUAGCACCCAGAUUGAAAGGAUGGCAGUUUCCCUUCUGUCAAAAGGCUCACUUCCUCUUUCUUACUGGGACCACAGUCAAGAUAAAGGCUGUCUUUACCCACUCAUUACUUUUGUGCAGCUGUUCUGAGCAUUGAAUUUAUUGCUCCAGCUGAGUUAUUGUGUGCCAUAACUUUGUAAUCAUAGUCCAUUAUUCCAACCUGAUCACCAAUAGGGCCAGAUGUCUGGUAUUCUGGCCACCUUGUGGCUUGUGGCUUGUGUAUGUGUGUGUCCUCUAUCUAUAAAACAUUUUAUGUCAAAGGCCAUCCAUGACUGUGCAUCAGAAAAUACACCGGCCCCCUUGGUUAGCAUCUAGAAAGUAAGAGUAGCCCACAAGGAGGUGGAGGAUGGCUGUCAUUGAUAAUGUAUGAAAUUGAAGAGGAGAGAAUUUUCCAGCAUCAGUCUACUAGACUUCAAAAAUGUGUGUGUUUGUGGAAUUCACAGAGGCUUAUAUUAUUAAGCUUCAUGUAAUGGUGCAUAUUCAGCCCAUAUGCAAAAAUUCAAAAGAAGUGGGCUUCAUAGUUACCUGCAAUUCUAUGCAAAAUAAAAAAAUUCUUCAGAAGUGUGCAUGCACACGAAAGCUCAUACCAAAAUAAAAACUUAGUUGGUCUUUAAGGUGCUACUGAAGGAAUUUUUUUAUUUUGCUUCGACUCAGACCAACACGGCUACCUACCUGUAACUGCAAUUCUAUGCUUUUUCUUUGUGUUUUUUUUUAAUAACAGGGUGAAAGAUUUCUAGAAGGAUGGAAAUAUACAUACUAAGCCACACAGCUUAUUUUCUCUACUUGAGGCAUUUAUUUAUUUUAUUUUAUUUUAUUUUAUUUUAUUUGUCUGUCCUUCACCUGCGGGUCCCAGGAUAAACAGAAUUUAAAAUUCAGUACUAAAAACAGUCAAAACAAAUUGCAGUUGAAGGGCUAGGGCGGGUCCUGAAAACACCUCAGGUGUGAAAGGCCAGAGUGAAGAAGUGCAUCUUCAACAUCUGUCGAAACCUGUAUAGUGAAGGUGACAGGCGCAUCUGUGUGCUCAGCUGGUUGACUGACAGCCUAUGUCAGGCUUCCUCAACCUCGGCCCUCCCGAUGUUUUUGGCCUCCAACUCCCAUGAUCCCUAGCUUAAGGUUACCAGAUGUCCCCGUUUCCCGGGGACAGUCCCCGGAUUUACUAAUCAGUCCCCUGACCAAAUCCAUCUGUUUAGUAGGAAGUUGAAAACUGUUCCCAGAUUCAUUGGGGGGAAAAAUCUGGUAACCUUACCCUAGCUAGCAGGACCAGUGACCAGGGAUGAUGGGAAUUGUAGUCACAAAACAUCUGGAGGGCCGAGGUUGAGGAAGCCUGACCUAUAUUUUACAUGCAGAAGUUUAUAGGGUCAAGCUUUGGCAUCUCGUAACUACAAGAAUUUGGGGUAUUCAGCCUAGGGAUGACAUGGCCCAAGACCUUGGACUGCUGACAAAGGCAACUCCAUGUGUUCAUGUAUGAUCCAGCAGGUGUGGCAUAGAAUGCAUUUUGUCGUAUAAGAUACUGGAAGGAGUAAGUGACCUAUCAAAAUGCAUAAUGAAUGGGGAUUUGGGUUUGAAGCCUGUCUUAGCUCAAGUAAAAGUGAACUGGUCUGCAUUGCAGGCACAGCUGUAGAGUGAAAGCAAAUGGAGAUAAAAUUAUUAUUCUCCUUCAAAUAGCAAAUUCUGCAUUUACAAAAGAAGAAACACAGUUGGGUAGAUUGUGUACCCUCACAACAAGUGCUGAUGCAAUGAUCCAAAUGGGAAGACCCUGGGAAAAGUUGUUUGUGUUCUGGCGGCAGAAAAAUAUUCUAUGUGAUCAUUUGUUCAUGUGAUUUCCACAGAUUUAUUAUGAAACAAUUACUGUAUAGGAAACCAUGGGGAAGAUCUGCACUGUCAUGGGAGGAGCAAAAAUAUUCUAUCUGAUUACUUGCUAAUGUAUUGUGCAUAGAUUGAUUAUGGAACAUUUAUAGAUGCUUUAAAUAUUUUGGAUUGGGAACAAGUGUGUUAAAUAUAGAGAGAUGACUGGUGAUUUUAUAUUAUCUGUUUUAGUUCAUUAUAAAGAAAAUGGAGUAAAAUAAUGAGGCAGCUUUGAAAUCUUGGCUCUGGGGAAACGCUCUUUAUUAAUUCACAAUAAAUUGCAAGAAUUUGCCCACUUUGGUAAUAUUAGAACACUAAUUUCUUUGAUGAUGGAGGAUUGUUGCAAUCCUAACGUGGCAGAAGUCUGUAGAACCAAAUUGUUUAGUGUUGUAUCAUCAGUAUUUAACUUAUCUCUUUGGAAUGUCUGUUAUUUGAACAGAAAUCAGCCACAUCAUACUAGAGACAUGUACAUCACAAUUAUAGGGGAAAUAUUAGCUUUCCUGUUUACAGCUGUGGCUUUUACAAAUUUGAGUCUAACUCAUAAACCAUCUCACAGCUUAUUUUCUGUGUUUUAUCAGUCAAUGCAGGAAAAUACAGUAGGAACUGAAACACAUGCUAAUUGCAUCAUAGAGCUGUUGCUCCUGAAAGCCUGACUCGUAUUUUUCAAACGAACACCAAGCUUUAUAUUUUAUCACGCCACUCUUUAUAACAAUUCAGGCUUCAGUGCCACAAGCGGAAGAAGAGUUAAAAACAUCCCUGCUUCUGCCAGGAGCUUUUAGCUGUUCUCCCUCACCGGCCAUGUGCCCCUUCUUAAAAAACAAACAAACCCUGCAGUACAUAUGCUUUCUACAGCACCUUACCCGGUAACCAGAGACACAUACCACCUGGCUGGUACAUAAAACAAGAGACUCGGAGAAAGUAGGACCUUCCAGUGAAGACAACAGCAAGGCUCCCAGAGAUGGGAGACCAAAGGGCUAUUUUAGCUGCCAAGGAAGGAGACUUGCCUAUGCUGGAGCAGCUGCACAUCGAUGGUACUCUGGACCAGAACAUCACUGACUGCUUGGGAGCAGGCCUGGUGCAUCAUGCGUCACGAGCAGGCAGGCUGGAGUGCCUCAAGUUCCUGGUACUGCAAGCAAAGCUUCCCGGGAAUCAGAGAGCAAACAAUGGUGCAACCCCAGCACAUGAUGCAGCAGCCAUGGGCAACUUGGCUGAGCUGAAGUGGCUGAUCAAAGAUGGAGGCUACAGCAUGCAGGAGCAAGAUGCUUCAGGGGCUUCUCCCCUCCACUUAGCUGCUCGUUUUGGACACCCAGAGGCCAUUGAGUGGCUGGUCCAGGCAGGCUUUGACACUGCAAUGAAGACAAGGGAAGGUGCCGUGCCAGCUCAUUAUGCAGCAGCUAAGGGUGAUCUCACUUGCCUCAAAUUGCUGGUUGCUGCAGACCACAGUUGCGUGAACAAGCAAACUCAGAGUGGAGCUACCCCGCUGUAUCUUGCCUGCCAGGAGGGACAUCUGCACAUCGUCCAGUUCCUGGUGAAGGACUGUGAGGCUGAUGUGCACCUGAGAGCGCAUGAUGGCAUGACAGUGCUCCACGCAGCUGCCUGUAGUGGUCACUAUGCUGUUGUCGUCUGGCUGGUUACCUUCACUGAUCUCGGCCUCACAGCACAGGAUGCAGAAGGAGCCACUGCACUCCAUUUUGCUGCCAGAGAGGGACACACUGCAAUUGUUGACAGACUCCUCCUUAUGGGAGCUAACGUGGUGUUGGACCAUUGGGGAGGAACCCCACUCCAUGAUGCAGCUGAGAAUGGGCAUCUUGAGUGCUGUCAAACCCUGAUCUCCCACCAAAUAGAUCCAGGCAUCCAUGACAGGGAUGGUUACACUGCGCGAGACCUGGCAGAAUACAAUGGACACAGGCAGUGUGCAUGUUACCUACAGGAAGCAGAGAAGCUGAUCCAGCAACCAAUGAGACCGCUUCAAUCAGAUGUAAGUGCUGCAUCAAAUAUGCAGAAAAAAGAUAUUAAUAGCGCUCUUCAUAGAGCACCUGCUUCAAAGUCGUUCAACAUGGUGAAACCCACUGAAUCAAACAAAUCACUGAUACCCGAGUUGAAGAUCAAUAAAUCUAUGCAGAAGGCGAGAAUCACCGCAUUGUUCUCAAGCUCUGGUGAGAAGAGAGAGACACCAGAUGCUGCAGUACCAGGCAACCUGCUCUCAAUGCUGGAUGAGCUAGGAACAUCGGACAUUGAUGCCUUGGUGCCUACUCAUGAUGAGCAAGGUUGUUCAAUUCCAGAGUGGAAGCGGCAGGUGAUGGUGAGGAAAUUACAGGCGCAGCUGGCAUCUGAAGAAGGGAUGGGCAGGAAGAACAAGGAAAGUUGCACCCUGGAGAUGGAUGACUGGCAAUAUUCUCAGUCUUACAAUGCCAUCCUGGGCCCUUUUGGGGAAUUACUCACUGAAGAUGACCUGCUGUACUUAGAGAAGCAGAUUGAGAAACUGCAGAUGAAGAAGAAAUGCCAGGAGUAUGAGAGUGAGCUAGGACGCCUGACAGAGGAGCUGCAGACUGUUCUCCCUGCUCCCGUCAAUAUCACAGUCAACCGUCAGUUUCUGCAACAGGGCUCAGAGGAUGGCAGCCAGGAGCUCCCUGCCUGGUGCAGCCAUGUGUCUGGACUGGUAAAAAGCAUGUCCUUGCUGCUCACCAAUGUCAAUGGCAUGAAGAAAGCAGAUAAUGAGAAGCCAGCUCUAAGGGAUUCUCAUAAGUCAAGCAAGACCAAGUGUAUUUCAGGUGGCACUGUCAAGAGAGAAAUCCUGGAGUGUGGUGUCUCUGUCAGGGAUCUGAGGGGCAAUUUUGAAAAGCAGGAUCUUUGGAGACAAGAGAAAUCUUUUGAGCAGCGAGGGUUGAAUGCCAUGCCCUGGGAACACGGGACAGCCAAGGAGUCAUCCCCUCAAAUGUUUCUAGGUACCUGUAAAAACAAGAAGCCAUUGGUUUGUGAGGAACAUGAGUUUGGAGACAUGGAGAAUGCCAGUGAUUCUGGCAUCAGCUGUGAGGGAGCCUCUGUGAGUGGCUCUUGCGUCUCAACAGCAGAGUCUAGCAACCUCCGAAAAGAGCGCAUUGUGCUUCUUUUUCUCAGUCACUGGAAGAAAUCUGCCUAUACGCCUUCCUUGAAACUCAUGGCCAGGAGGACUCUUGACACCCAGCUGCCUGGAAAAAUGGGACUGGUAGACGUGAUGGCAGAGCUCAAGAAACAGAAGCCUCCAAUGCAGAAGCCCUUGAUGGAAAUGAACAGGCUUGGCCAUUUAGUUCAACAGAGAUACACUAUCAAGAAUCUGAUCAGUCACUGGAAAGACAUAAUCUCCCUUGUACCAUCUCGACAGAUCAGGCGCCUCAAUCACCGGCAUGCAAUCUAUUCUCCAGAACAGUUCCUGCCAUAUGUCAAUGGUGAGCCUAUUGACUACAAUAGCUUAACUCUUGACCUGUUUAUGCUUGGCUAUUUCCACAUCCUAGAGCUGGACCUCUCUCCAGAAGAACGUAAGGCUAGGCAUCUCCUUUGCUUCGAAGUUUUUGACCACUUGGGUGGGCAUCGGUGGGAAACAGUGCGGGCCUUCCACAAAGCAGUGAUUGAUGAGAUUGCUGCAGGCAAAAGAAGCUGGAAAGACAGUUUUGAGGACAUUAAGAAACAAUUUUUUUGUAGUAACAAGGACCCAAGUGUGAACAUGGAAAUAAAGAGAUCACCAGUGGAAACAAAUCUGAAACCAAUACCCCCCAAAAGGGUCCCAAGCAUCUUUCUGGAGGAGGGAGACUCUCCCCCUGGAAAAUGCUUUGAAUUAGACACCUUUAGCAACGAUGAGAUCUGCAGGUAUAUAAACAGGAGUUUUGCUUUCUGGAAAGAAAAAGAAGCAGAGAUAUUUAGCUUAGAGGGGUGAGGACCUUUACACU